AAUCAGCAUCAUUCGGCAUCUUUUCUAUCCAAAUCAUUUCAUUCUUGAAAGACACUUGUCAACCAUGUCUGAAGCGCCUGCACCAGUAGUCACAUUCAAAAAAGGCCCUUCUCGCCGUCCCGCCCAAUCUCGCCAACGUCGUCGCUCUCCAUCGCCUCUCGACCCUGUCGCUGAAGCAUCCGCAUCCGCUUCCGGCUCCAAUGUCGUUCGACCGGAGAGAAAAUCUCUCGCUAACCCUCUCGUCCAAGGCACAAAGCGUCGGAGAACAAAUGCCAAUAAUGAAGAGGAAGAGGAUGGUGUGGGAGGCGGAUUGGAUGAGUUUGAUUAUGCUGCCGAAGGAGGACUGACGAGGAAAGGGGAUGAGCUUGCAACGAGGGCAAAUGAUUGGGAUUUGGAGGAUGUAGAUGGACAAGGGCAAAGGGAUAAGAAAGUCAGGCUAGAUGAGGACGGCGAGAUCGUGACAGAUGACGGCCUGUAUCGAGGUGCAUCCGCCUACUUACCGACAAUAAACAAGACCCGCGAAACACUCGACAAGAAGAUGAAAUCCGGUCCUAUCAAAGCUACCUCCCACGUACGCACAAUCACCCUCAUGGACUACCAGCCCGACGUCUGCAAAGAUUAUAAAGAGACCGGUUUCUGUGGAUAUGGCGAUUCUUGUAAAUUCUUGCAUGAUAGAGGAGAUUAUCUGGCGGGCUGGCAGCUGGAUAAGUUGCCGGAAGAAGGAGUGAGAGAGGUAGAGGAGGAGGAUGAGGAAGAGGAAGUACCGUUUGCGUGUUUAAUCUGUAGACAACCGUUUACACAGCCGGUGGUUACCAAAUGCGGGCAUUACUUCUGCAUGGGGUGCGCUGCGAAACGAUUCCAAAAAUCACCCAAGUGCUACGCCUGCGGUGCCCCGACGCAGGGUAUAUUCAACAUCGCCGAUAAAGUAAUUGCCAAAAUCGAAGCUCGUAACAAGGCAAGGCGAGAGGCGAGAGAGGAACGGGCAGAGCAAACGGGUGGUGGCGGGAUUGAGAUUGGUGGUGGGUCUGAUGAAGAGGGUAGCGAUGAGGAGUAAAUUACAAAUUGCACGAAGAUCAUUACAGGUAUCAAUCAGUAGAACAUAGGUAUUAGGGGUAUACGUCAAUGUUGUAUACAACUUGCAUCGUGCCUGCAGUCCCAAGAAAAUAUAAAUACAUCUACCAGUCAUCAUCACUCUCGUCUCCCCUCUUAUUCCUAAACCCGCCCCGUAUCCCACUUUUUCCUCUUCUCCUAUCCUUUUCCUCUUCCGAAUCCUCCUCUUCAAAAUCCGACCGAGAUCCCUGCUGUUUUUGAGUGAGGAGCGAAGAAGACACGUUGGUCGCCAAUGUUAGAUCUGUUGGGAGAACACCUGUUUGUGAGAGCCGGAAUUCGAGGGCUUUGGUAGUGAAGUUGUCUGUUUGGCCGAGCUCUUCAAAACCAAUCAACCUAUCAUUGUCAAAAUCGAGUCAGCGGAACGGUCAAGUUUCACCUAUUUUGCUUAGGGAUUAUUGGCAACUUCCUGUGCUUUACUCUUCUAAUGAAUAUGUAGUAACUCUGACGAUGACUUACCGAUCAACGGCCCUCCCAUCAACGUACGACAUCACGCAAGGUAGAACCUUGAUUGCCAUCUUGGUCACCAAGAACGGGACAUUAUCCACGUUUGCCCGAAGGAAAAGGGUGUGUUUGUGUUUUGGAGCGAGUUGCUGUACAUUGCAUGUCCAUGUCAGCAUGUCGAAUCAUUCGGGUAGGAGAUAGGUAGAGGUUGGAUUGACUCACGGACAGAUGACGAU